GUCGUUAGAUAAGCUCAAAAAGAACAAUUAAAAAAGAAGAAGAUAUAUUUAAAAAUGUCUGGCAUUAGCUUCAGCGUUUUAUCAAUGCAGUUUUUUUAACUGAAGUGUCGUAAGUUUCACAAUCAAUUAAAAUAUGGCUGUCAUAGCAGCUGCCCAACUCUUGGACGAGUUAAUGGGUAGAAAUAGAAACGUAGCACCUAACGAAAAAUUCAAGGAAGUGAACUGGGAGGAUGCCGAAUAUUGCAAAUUUUUCUUAGUCAAGUUUUGUCCCCACGACUUAUUUGUAAACACAAGAAACGAUCUAGGUGCCUGCCCUAAAGUCCACGAUGAAGAAGCUCGAAAAUUAUUCGAAAAAGCUAAACCGAUUCAUCAUAGAAAACUUCAAUACCAAGAAGAUUUCCUUCGGUUUUGUGCUUCCAUGAUGAACGAUGUCGAGCGCAGAAUUAUCAAAGGUAAGCAAAGAUUAGCUUUAAAUGCGAGUGCUAAGGAAACCCCACCUUCCGCUCAAUCUCAACAAAAUGAAGAGCAGAUAAAUAUCUUGAAUGAAAAGAUAGAGGAUUUAGAAGCACAAGCAGAAAAAGCCGGUACAGAAGGUAAUGUAGAGCACGCCCAAGGGAUAUUAAAACUUUGUGACCAACUUAAAGAAGAAAGAGACGCUCUACUCAAACCGGAAGGUGUUCAAUCCAGCACAGCCGAACUUGCAGCUGCACAAGAAAAACAAAUGGAAGUAUGUGAAGUUUGCGGUGCGUUUCUUAUCGUAGGAGACGCCCAACAACGUCUAGAAGAUCAUUUAAUGGGAAAACAACACAUGGGGUUCUCUAGAAUGAAAACAGCCGUAGAUGAAAUAACAGAAGCGGUCAGAGAAGCCAGAGAAAUGUUAUAUGGCGGAAGAUCUUCAGACAAGAGAGAAAAAGAUCGCUUAAAAGAUUUUUCAAGAAAAGACAAACAAAAGAAAGAACGGGAUUACGAAAAGGAUCUAGAAAAAGCUCGAUCGGAACAUAGAGAAAAAGAAGAAAAAGAAAAGGAGAACGAACGGGAUAGAAGAGCUAGGGAAAAAUUAAAAAUGGAAGAACGUAAUGAACGAAGAGAAACUCAUCGAGAAAGAGAACCGCAUAGGGAAAAAGAUCGACACAGAGAGCGCGAUCGGGAACGACACAGAGAUAGGGAAAAAGAAGAAAGAAGACAUAAAGAUACUAGUCGUCAUCGAUACAGUCACCAUAGGCGUAAACAUUAAAUAUCAGUAAAUUUUUUUUCAAUACAGGUGCCUGUCCUGUGGGAUGUAUCUCAUGUUUAAUCAGAAUAAUGCAGGUUAGUGAAUAUUAUAAACUUCUAAAAUAAUGAACUAUAAUAUCAACUUUAAUUUGUAAAAUCUAAUUGAAUAUAUAUAUUAUCCAGUCUACUUCAUUUUUAUUCAUAUCGUAUCAAAUUUUUACCUUUGAUUUUUAUUUAAAAUCCAAAUUGAAACAUUCGUGUUGAACUUUUAAACAACAAAUAUUAUUAUUUUAAUAUUGAUAUUUAUCGAUUUACGUGUUUACAACCCUUAAUUUUAAUUUUUUACAAUCCUAUAUAUUUUUAUAACCUAACUUAAAAAAAACAAAUUAAUUUUUUUCUUUUAUGUUUCAUUUAAAAUCAAAAUAUAAUCAUAAAUAUACUGUGAAGUUCAAAAACAGUUUAUACUCAUUCACCUAGUUACAUAGUUAGCAUAAUUAUUAUUAUAAUAUAUACAGGGUUGUUGAAAAAAAUACAAUUCCACUUUAAAAUAUUACUCAAAUACACUACUUUUUAGUUGUUAAAAAUGUCAGUUAUAAAACAAUAUAAUACAAUUUAAACUAAUAUUUUCAUUUCUUUUUAUAUAAUUGUGGAACUAUUUUAAUAUUAAAACUUGAUUUCGAGUUGAUAAUUUAUUUCAAAAUAUGCAUCAGUACUAUGGAUAACAAAUUAACGCCAUACUUUACGUGCGUCGACGCCAUGUUGAAAAUAUUGUUCAAUCAUAAUGUAUAUUUUACUAACUAUAAAAAAAUGCUGAUAUAAGAUAUAAUAAUAGUGAAUUAUGUUAUUUUUUUCACAAAAUUUAACUAUUUUGAUGAUGUUUAAAGAAAUAUUUAAAACAAAUUUUCUCCUAUAUAAUUUUUGUGUAUACAUCACCUAUAAAAUAUGGCGUCGAUUUGUUAACGUCAUUACAAUGUACUCACUAAGUUAUCAGGAUAAUUCUGUUAUAUACGAAGGAUUUGAACAAGGAUAACGCGCACAGGACUAGGUCUUAAAUAUAUAAAAAAAUCGUUUGUAAUAUUUCUUUUUUAUGAAAAAAUUUUUGUUCGUUAUUUAAAUCUGUAUUCUAAUUAUAGAAAGUUCUAUUUCAAGAUAUUUUUCAUGAAAAUAUUUUGAGGUUAUCUUUGAUAUUAUACGCAUGAUUUCAUUGUUUUUUUUGUAUUUACCAAAAUUUGUAAAUGAAGUUAAUAAAAAAAAACUUUAUUGUCGCAA